CACAACAAUAAAAAGGGUAAUCGCAUUACACAUAAAGUUCAUAAAGACUGCGGAUCCCUAGAGGAAGAUCUAGAGAGAGAGAGAGAGUUUUAGAGAGAGAAGGUGAUGGCCGGACUACAGAGAUCUACAUCAUCAUUCAGGAGGCAAGGCUCAUCAGGCCUGGUGUGGGAUGAUAAGCUUCUGGCCGCUGAAGUGAAGAAAGCAGAACAAGAGAAACAACAACGACGACAAGAAGAAGAAGAACAGAAAAAAGAGGCCAAGCCUUCCACAACCGUCGGAUCAAUCAGCACACUGGAUCGGAGCCGAUCCAACGGUGGGGAACGCGCGUUCCGCACCGACAAGGUGUCGCCGGCGAUCGAGCCGCCGUCUCCGAAGGUUUCCGCAUGUGGGUUUUGCAGUGCUUUUGGGAAACCAGACAAGACCCGUCGUCGACCCAAAUCCGGCAGGCGCAGAACAUGAUAAGUCGGAGUUUUUACGUUGCCGGAGGUGGAAUUUACAGGUGACCACGUGUACGGAGAUUCGUGGUCAUUGACCGUGAUACGUGAAUUAGCUGUAACUGUUUGUUAAUGGGUUAUUUUUAAGUUCUCUCAAAGAAUUUUGAAUCUAAGAACAAACCAUUAACGUUUUCUGUUUUUAUUGUUUUUAUGUCCAUGAUUUUUUUGUUCCUGAGGAGAUUUUAGAGAUAGAGAUGGUUUUGUGGAAGUAA